GCUCCCACUCCCACUCCCACUCCCACUCCCACCAUUCCCAACUUUAUCCUCUGGGCUCGUUGCUUUUCUUCCUCCGGGCCAGGGCUCCACGUUGCCGAUCAUUUUGCUCUUGAUGCUACGCAAGAUAUUUACAUCGCAUCUUCCAUCCCCGGUCACCAGCGGUUUUGUAUCAUCAUCGACUCCUUUUGUCAAUCUUUGCCUCACACGAUAUUAUAUCGACUGUGGCAUGGCCUUCCUUGCUUCGGCCUCUCUCCCGACACUACUUUGAAAAUCCUGCACCGUGUUUCCCUCCCUGCUUUCCAUCAUAAGUGUUCAUGCUAA